AUGUCUCUUAUAGAAGGUCUUCUCCAGACAUCAAGCACGGUGACAUUGCUGGGGGCUGUGCUGUUUCUCCUUGUCCUCUACCUCCGUUCUUCUGGUUCCAGCGCUGAGGAACAGGGGAAGGAGCCUCCAGGACCCAGGCCGCUGCCCCUGCUUGGCAACAUGCUCCAGCUGGAUCUCAAGGAGCCCUAUCACACUCUCUGUGAGGUAAGAAGAAGUCCUGCGUUGCUUUCAGAGAACCAUGUUGAGGUUGUUGAUAUGAUCUGUGAGAUUUUAUCUGUUUCAUCUCACUUUUAUAGUUUUCUUGCUAUUUCACCAGGUUUGAAAAGUUUAGUAAGCUUCUGAUAUAAUGGACUUCCGCACAUUGUACAUGCUUUUAGCUGGUUAAUGUUGUUUAAUGUUCUAUUCUGUAGUGUAUUUCAAUAGAUAUGUCCUGCCCAAGUAGCAUGGUCCCAUAUCAGUUUUUUGCUGGGACCAGGCUAUGGACAAAAUACUUUGUGACGGUGAUCGAAGCAUUGCAAGCAAAGAGAUGAGAGGCCACUUUAGACUAUUGAGAUGCACCCUGAGAAUAUCCCUUCAGGGAUCUUAUUAACAAAACAGACCUGGGUUCAAAUACAUUUUUGACACUUUUCUGUGUUUUUUAGUAUUUUCUAAUACACAGCCGAAAACAACUACUUCAAAUAAAAGACAAGUAGUUGAAAAUACAUUACAUGCCAAUACUUUCCAAAUGUAUUUCCAAUAAGAAACUUAGUCUAAAUGCUAAAUGUUUUUGUAAGUAAUUAAAUUACAGUGAAUAGUAUUUGAACCUAGGUCUGACUUCAACUGUAAACCACUGUCUUCACGCUGUUUCUUGACUGAAACAUGUCAAACAAGCCAGUUUUGUGCUUAUUCAUAUAUCAUUACGAGACAUAACUGAGUCUAUGGUAUACUUUAUGUAUGCUUUAUCUGUCCAGUUCGCCAAUAAAUAUGGCUCCAUCUUCACGGUUCACUUUGGACCCAAGAAAGUGGUUGUUCUGGCUGGAUACAAGACGGUCAAGCAGGCACUGGUCAACCAGGCAGAGGACUUUGGGGACAGGGAUAUCACUCCUGUUUUCUAUGAUUUCAAACAAGGACAUGGUAAUGAUAUUUUACUCUUAUUCUUAAAGGGAUAGUUCACUCAAAUUACAACAUGUCUAAUUGGUUCCCUUACCCUGUAAGCAGUCUAUGAACAAGCUAAGACAGCAAUCCAUGCAUUUGUUUGUUCUCCAAUUUAUGCUUUGGCCACAAAUGCAAGUAUAGGAUGAGUCAACAACAUUAUGUGGGUAUGAGUUAACAGAAUAUGAACUUUUAAAAGUGAGAUUUUCACUGGACAUUUACUUUAAAGCAACUUUAUUGAGCUACACAAUCAAUUUCAGACACUUUGAGAUGAGUUGGAUAUGAAAUGCAUUACAAGCUCUUAAAAGUCUUAUUUUAGCCUGAUGGAACCAGCUUGAUUGCUGCAUUCACCAUUUUGUUUUACUGCAUUUAUUAACCUUUUCUUUCUCGAAAAGAUGGGCGUUUGGAAUAAACCAGAAAAUAGCUGGUCCAAUCAGCGCCCUCUCAGAAACAGUGGUUGGGUUUAGGACAAAAACCAAGGUUGCCAAAUACUGUGCUUGAAUUAGGCUGUCCUCUGAUUUGUUGAAAGUGAUCCAAUUGCUGACAAGUUCGUUUUGAAUAAAACCACAAAUUUCUGACAUUUCAGACUAGAAUGGUGAAUGCAGAGAUCAGGCUGUUUCCACAAUUCCAUCAAAUGUUCUUCUUCUUGUCACGGUUUCGGCCGAGGCUGCCUCUCUUCCUUGUUCGGGCAGGCUUCGGCGUUCGUUGUCUCCGGAAUUCUAGCUGCCAUCGUUGCAUGUUUCUAUGUUCGUUUGCUUUUGUCUGUUUGUUGUGACACCUGUUAUCGUUUAGGUUAAUUAGCGUCCUAUAAGUUACUCGUUGUGUUUGUCCAGUGUUGUGUGUGAUUGCUUUAUUGUCUGUCGUGCGUUACUGGACGUGUUUACAUUAUUCGCUCGGUUGAGCUAUCUCUCCACUGUGUUGGAGCGUUUUACGCACCUGUGUAGUGCGCCCGUUUGUUUUGUCCGCCUACGUGCGGAGUUUCGCCUUCGGGCCAGUUUGUUCAUUUUUUCCCUUGUGGAAUUACACUAAAGUCUUUUGGACUGUACUUCGGUGUCCUGCGCUUGAUUCCACCACUACACCCACCUACAGCAUCACUGACAAAAUCACACACCAUCAAGAAUGGAAUCAGCAGGAGCCGCAGCAGCCCAGGCGACGCUGGAGGACAGGGUCCGAGAACAGAGUGACCAGAUCCUGCAGAUGGGGUCCGCACUGCAGGAGGUGAUCACCACCAUCCGAGGCUGGGGGACUCCUCCACCGCCAUCCUCUCUGCCAGCACCAUCGGCAAGUCAGCCCAUUCCCGCUCCGGAAGCCAGAGGAGUUCGACUCUCGCUCCCGAGGGCCUACGAUGGGACCGCGGCCGGGUGUCAGGGAUUCCUUCUCCAGGUGGAGCUUUACCUGGCCACCGUGCACCCGGCGCCUUCGGGACAUGAGAGCGUGUCCGCCCUGAUCUCCUGCCUUUCCGGGAAGGCGUUGGAAUGGGCCAACGCAGAGUGGAGGAGGAUCGACGCGGACACCAUCACCUACGACGAGUUCUCCCGCCGCUUCAGGGCGGUGUUCGACCAUCCCCCGGAGGGGAAAGCGGCGGGGGAGCGUCUGGUCUUCCUCCGGCAGGGGAAGAGGAGUGCCCAGGAGUUCGCCUUAGAAUUCCGUACUCUAGCGGCGGAUGCAGGGUGGAAUGAGCGGGCUCUCAGCGAUCACUACAGAUGUGGUCUACGCGAGGACGUCCGUAGGGAGCUGGCCUGUAGGGACACCAGCCUCUCGUUCGACCAGUUGGUCGACAUGUCCAUCAGGCUGGAUAACCUGCUAGCUACCCGCGGACGUUCCGAGGGGGGUCCGUCCAUUUCACCCUCCAGCGCCUCCGAGCCGUGCCCCAUGGAGCUCGGGGGCGCUGGCGCUAGAGAGAGGAGGGGUCGGCUGAUGAGGGGGUCCAUCUCCUGCACCAACUGUGGUCGGGGAGGACACACCGCGGCUAGGUGCUGGGGAUGGCCUCCUAGGGGAGAGGACGACAGGUCCUGCACUGGGGAGUCCUUCCAGGUGAGUAGGCGCCCCACUCACCCAGAGCUCUCUGUUGCACAUUUCUGUAUACCUGUGCGUUUCCCACAGGUAGCACCUCAUUCCCAGCAUAAGGCGCUGGUAGAUUCAGGCGCGGCUGGGAAUUUUGUUGAUAAGACGUUUUGUUUAGCCUUAGGGAUCCUCCGUCUCCCUGUUGAAGUCCCUUUCCCCGUUCAUGCCCUAGAUAGCCGUCCGUUGGGUGCGGGCUUGAUCAGGGAGGUCACUGCGCCACUUAGGAUGUGUGCACAGGGGGGUCAUCAGGAGAUGAUUCAGCUAUUUCUGAUCGACUCGCCUGCGUAUCCGGUGGUGCUGGGCAUGCCCUGGUUGAGUACCCAUAACCCAUCUAUUUCAUGGCAGGAGAGGGCUCUGAUGGAGUGGUCUGCCCAGUGUGUGGGUCGAUGUUUGGGCGUUUCCGUAGGGGCUACCUCGGUGGAGAGUCCAAACCAGGUGCCCGCAUUGCACGUUCCCCCUGAGUAUGGGGAUUUGGCUAUUGCGUUUAGUAAGUCGAGGGCGACGCAGUUGCCGCCCCAUAGGCAGGGAGAUUGUGCGAUAGACCUCCAGGCAGGAGCUGCGCUCCCACGGAGCCAUGUGUAUCCUCUGUCUCAGGAGGAGAAGAAAGCUAUGGAGACUUACAUAGACGAAUCUCUGAGACAAGGAUACAUACGGCCUUCCACUUCCCCUGCGUCCUCGAGUUUCUUUUUUGUGAAGAAAAAGGAUGGUGGGUUACGCCCGUGCAUCGAUUACCGUGGUCUCAAUCAGAUCACGGUGAAGUACAGUUAUCCACUCCCGCUGAUUGCGACCAUGACGGAGUCAUUGCAUGGGGCGCGUUUCUUCACUAAAUUAGAUCUCAGGAGCGCGUACAACUUGGUGCGCAUCAGGGAGGGCGAUGAAUGGAAGACAGCCUUUAGUACCACCUCGGGCCAUUACGAGUAUCUGGUCAUGCCAUACGGGUUGAUGAACGCUCCGUCAGUUUUCCAAUCAUUCGUGGAUGAGAUCUUCAGGGACAUGCAGGGGCAGGGGGUGGUUGUGUACAUAGAUGACAUUCUCGUGUACUCGCCUACCCGAGUCGAGCAUGUGGCCCUGGUGCGCAGAGUGUUGCGGAGGCUGGUGGAGCACAACCUGUAUGUUAAGGCAGAGAAGUGUCUGUUUUUCCAGGAGUCGGUCUCCUUUUUGGGGUAUCAGUUGUCUGCAUCAGGGGUGAAGAUGGAGGUAGACCGGGUGUCAGCCGUGCGUAAUUGGCAAACACCAACCACUGUGAAGGAGGUGCAGCAGUUUUUGGGGUUUGCGAAUUACUACCGGAGGUUUAUCCGGGGUUUUGGACAGGUGGCAGCUCCCAUCACGUCUCUUUUGAAGGGGGGUCCGGUGCGUCUGCAGUGGUCUGCCGAGGCGGACAGGGCGUUUGGGAGGCUGAAGGACCUGUUUACCUCGGCCCCGGUGCUGGCGCAUCCGGAUCCCUCUUUGCCAUUUCAGGUAGAGGUGGACGCGUCUGAGGCCGGUAUAGGAGCCGUGCUUUCACAACGGUCAGGCGCGCCACCUAAACUCCGCCCCUGUGCUUUUUAUUCUAAGAAGCUCAGUCCGGCGGAGCGAAACUAUGACGUAGGGGACAGGGAGCUGUUAGCCGUGGUACAGGCCCUAAAGGUGUGGAGGCACUGGCUUGAGGGGGCUCAACACCCUUUCCUCAUUUUGACGGACCCCCGUAACCUGGAGUACAUCCGGGCAGCGAGGAGGCUGAACCCUCGCCAGGCAAGAUGGAAUAUGUUUUUGACCCGGUUUACAUUUAAGAUCACGUACAUCCCUGGGUCACAGAACGGUAAGGCAGAUGCGCUGUCUCGGCGGUAUGACACGGAGGAGAGGUCCGUGGAGCCCACUCCCAUACUGCCGGAGUCGUGUCUGGUGGCACCGGUAGUGUGGGAGGUCGAUGCUGAGCUCGAGCGGGCGUUACGCACCGACCCUAGUCCACCGCAAUGCCCGGAGGGUCGGAAGUACGUUCCGCUCGAGGUUCGGGAUCGAUUGAUCUAUUGGGCUCACACGUCACCCUCCUCUGGACACCCUGGUAUCGGCCGGACAGUGCACUGUCUUAGUGCCAAGUACUGGUGGCCCACGUUGGCAAGGGAUGUGAGGGUUUAUGUUUCCUCCUGCUCGGUGUGCGCCCAGUGUAAGGCGCCUAGACAUCUGCCUAGGGGUAAGUUACUACCCCUGCCCGUUCCACAACGACCAUGGUCUCACCUCUCGGUGGAUUUCCUUACUGACCUUCCUCCUUCACAGGGAAAUACCACUAUACUGGUCGUUGUGGACCGGUUUUCUAAGGCCUGUCGUCUGCUCCCCAUGCCGGGCCUUCCUACUGCCCUGCAAACUGCCGAAGCACUAUUUACCCAUGUGUUCCGGCACUACGGGGUACCCGAGGAUAUUGUGUCUGAUCGAGGUCCCCAAUUUACCUCCAGGGUUUGGAGAGCCUUUAUGGAGCGGUUGGGGGUCUCGGUGAGCCUCACCUCGGGUUACCACCCGGAGAGUAAUGGGCAGGUGGAACGCGUGAACCAGGAUGUGGGUAGGUUUCUUAGAACAUACUGCCAGGACCGGCCGGAGGAGUGGGCAAGGUACGUUCCCUGGGCCGAGAUGGCCCAGAAUUCCCUACGCCACUCCUCCACUAACCUAACCCCUUUUCAAUGUGUGUUAGGUUACCAGCCGGUUCUGGCACCUUGGCAGCAGAGCCAGAUCGAGGCUCCUGCGGUGGAUGAGUGGGCGCGGCGCUCGGAGGAGACAUGGAACGCUGCACACGUCCACCUGCAGCGGGCCCUCCGUCGUCAUAAGGCGAGCGCCGAUCUCCACCGCAGUGAGGGACCGGUGUACGCACCUGGUGAUCGAGUCUGGCUCUCUACCAGAAACCUGCCCCUCCGCCUGCCCUGUCGGAAACUGGGUCGGCGGUUUGUAGGGCCAUUUAAAGUCCUGAGAAGGUUGAACGAGGUGUGUUACAAGUUACAACUACCUGUUGAAUAUAAAAGUAUUAACCCCUCGUUCCAUGUGUCUCUUCUCAGGCCGGUGGUAGCUGGCCUACUCCAAGAAAGUGAGAUCAGGGAGACUCCUCCGCCCCCAUUGGACAUCGAGGGGGCACCGGCGUACUCCGUGAGGUCCAUCUUGGAUUCGAGACGUCGGAUGGGGGGUCUCCAAUAUCUAGUGGAGUGGGAGGGGUACGGUUCGGAGGAACGGUGCUGGGUGCCGAGGAGAGACAUUUUGGACCCGUCUCUCCUGACGGAAUUCCAUCGUGGGCACCCGACGCACCCUGCUCCGCGUCCUCCUGGUCGUCCCCGAGGCCGGAGUCGGCGCACGUCUGGAGCCGCGCGUCAAGGGGGGGGGGUACUGUCACGGUUUCGGCCGAGGCUGCCUCUCUUCCUUGUUCGGGCAGGCUUCGGCGUUCGUUGUCUCCGGAAUUCUAGCUGCCAUCGUUGCAUGUUUCUAUGUUCGUUUGCUUUUGUCUGUUUGUUGUGACACCUGUUAUCGUUUAGGUUAAUUAGCGUCCUAUAAGUUACACGUUGUGUUUGUCCAGUGUUGUGUGUGAUUGCUUUAUUGUCUGUCGUGCGUUACUGGACGUGUUUACAUUAUUCGCUCGGUUGAGCUAUCUCUCCACUGUGUUGGAGCGUUUUACGCACCUGUGUAGUGCGCCCGUUUGUUUUGUCCGCCUACGUGCGGAGUUUCGCCUUCGGGACACUUUGUUCAUUUUUUCCCUUGUGGAAUUACACUAAAGUCUUUUGGACUGUACUUCGGUGUCCUGCGCUUGAUUCCACCACUACACCCACCUACAGCAUCACUGACACUUCUAAUCCUCUGCAAAUAAUAUACAUGUAUAUGAUGUCUUAAAUAGUUACAUGAUCAUGACCAGAAAGGGUGCAGAGAUAAUUUGGCAGAUUAUACAUUUUCUUGGUACAUGUUAAUUAUUAAAAGGCAUAUUAUAGUAAAUGGCAUAUAUUUUAUUAAUGUAUAUAUUACUAUAUUAUUAUUAUUAUUAUUAUUAUUAUUAUUAUUACACUUUGAAUUGGAAACGAACUACCUUCUUUACAGGGAUUCUGUUUGCCAAUGGAGACUCAUGGAAAGAGAUGAGGCGCUUUGCCCUGACGAACCUUAGAGACUUUGGGAUGGGUGACAAAGGGAGUGAAGACAAAAUCUUAGAGGAAAUCCCUUAUCUGAUUGAAGUGUUUGAAAAACAUGACGGUAAGAGCAAUAUAGGUAUCUCUACACUGUAGUAGUAGAAGUAGCAUGAUGUAUUUAUAGGUGAUGUGUAGGCCUAAUUGCCUGGUUAAAAAUCUGGCUAUUCUUAACCAUAUUAUUAGUAAACAGCUAUUUGGCUUUCUAUGUGAUCGUGUGGGUUCUGGAAAGCUUAUUUUGUAAUUGAUUAGAUGUUUUGUCUAUCGCAGGUAAGGCAUUUGACACAGCACAGCCUGUGAUUUAUGCCGUCUCCAACAUUGCCAUUGUCUAUGGCAGCAGGUUUGAAUACACUGACCCCCUAUUCACAGGCAUGGCAGAUAGGGCCAAUGAGAGUAUACACCUUGCAGGCUCCGCAUCAAUUCAGGUACAGUCUGCUCAUUCAGGCCAUUCUGUUUUUACUGUAUUUUCUAAAUAGAUAAUGGCUGUCUCAGUGCAAUCAAUACAACUAGGAAACAGAAUACCUGUUAGGAAUUACAUUUACAUUUACAGUCAUUUAGCAGAUGCUCUUAUCCAGAGCGACUUACAGUUAGUGAGUGCAUACAUUAUUUUGUUAUACUGGCCCCCCAUGGGAAUCGAACCCACAACCCUGGUGUUGCAAACGCCAUGCUCUACCAACUGAGCUACAUCCCCUGCCGGCCAUUCCCUCCCCUACCCUGGAUGACGCUGGGCCAAUUGUGCGCCGCCCCAUGGAUCUCCCGGUCGCGGCCGGCUACGAGAGAGCCUGGAUUCCUAGUGGCACAGCUAGCACUGCGAUGCAGUGCCUUAGACCACUGCGCCACUCGAGAGCACAAGUCUUACAAAUUAAAAUGUACAAACUCAGUUACACUUUAUUUGAAGUGCCAGUAAACUUCAGGGCAAUCAAUAAAACUAAGGGGGGGAAAUGAAAACAUUUCCCCCUGCCCUGCAGAUGGCUACAUCGGUCCUCUAAUAGAGGACUAUUAAAGGCCCAGUAUCCUACUUUUGUGAAAAAAUGUGGCAUACUUUUAAAAUAUACACUACCAUUCAAAAGUUUGGGGUCACUUAGAGAUUUCAUUGUUUUCCAUGAAAACAUACAUGAAAUGAGUUUGAAUAGGAAAUAUAGCGAAAUGAAUAGGAAUUGUAGUCAUUGUCUGCUCAUUCAGGCCAUUCUGUUUUUACUGUAUUUUCUAAAUAAAUAAUGGCUGUCUCAGUGCAAUCAAUACAACUAGGAAACAGAAUACCUGUUAGGAAUUCUUACAAAUAAAAAUGUACAAACUCAGUUACACUUUAUUUGAAGUGCCAGUAAACUUAUUAUAAACCAUUAUUGGACAGUUUAUAAACCAUGACUUAGCUGCUUAUAAAUCAUUAUAUACAAUAUUCAUUAUGUAUACGUAUAACAUAUCAAAUAAAAUCAUUAUAGCCUAGUCUAAGCUCUUCUCUGUCCUGGCACCCCAAUGGUGGGACCAGCUUCCCCUGAAGCUAGGACAGCAGAGUCCCUGCCCAUCUUCCGAAAGCACCUGAAACUCUUCCUCUUCAAAAAGUAUCUUAAAUAAACCCCCCCAUCACCUGACCCCCCCCCCCCCCCCCCCCCCCCCUUUCUAGCUCUGACUUUGCUGAUAGCUACUUUAUUGAGGAAAAGUGUACUUACUAUGCCUGUGAUAUGGGGUUGUCCCACCUAGCUAUCUUAAGAUGAAUGUACUAACUGUGAAUCACUCUGGAUAAGAGCGUCUGCUAAAUGACUAAAAUAAUAAAAUGUACAAACUAUAUAAUUGCAAAUAAUAUUUUAUAUAAUAUGGUUACAUAAUCACUAAUGAUGGGCACCGAUAUACAAAAUCUAUAUCGAUAUCAGUUGCAUUAUUUGAUCACCUGGAUUCACCUGGUCAGUCUAUGUUAUGGAAAGAGCAGGUGUUUUUAAUGUUUUGUAUACUCAGUGUACGUUUCACUGCAGUAACUCCAACCCCUCCCUCCUUUCUGUCUCAGACCGGGUCCAGGAGGAGAUCAGCAGGGUUAUAGGAAGUCGUCAGCCCUUGGUAGAGGACAGGAAGAACCUGCCCUACGCUGAUGCAGUGAUCCAUGAGACCCAUAGACUGGCCAACAUUGCACCCAUGGCCAUCCCUCACACCACCAGCCAAGACGUCACCUUCCAGGGAUAUAUAAUCAAAAAGGUCAGAUACUUGACUGUCCAAAUCUGUUUUAUUUUGUGCCAAACGUUUUUUUCCAUAUUGCCUUUUUUUUUUUCGAAGGGAGGUUACAGGUUCAAAAAACAAUAAAAGAAACGCAUACAAAGAUAACCCCAACCCAUUCCCCCCCUCUGUCCCCAUCCAUCCGCCCGCAACCUCUCUCCCCACCUGGAAACCAUACCUCCCACCCCGCCUGUAUAAAUUGAUGGUUCGGAUUACGGGAUGCCAAGGUCAUAUCUUUCUCUAUUCUGUUCCAGUUAAAGGAUUGUUCAGAUUGAAUUAGAUCUGUGGACCAUACUUUUUUAAUGGCUAUCUCAGAAUAUGAGCUUUCCAAAAGUUGUUUAUAGAGAUCAGUCCUUUUGGGAGCCCAGAUAAUUUAUUUAUAAAUCCCGUCACUGGAUGGUUCGGUAGUUGGGUUUCUCAAGGGACUCCAUAGGCCAGCAUAGCUGACUAUAGUUAUAAAUAUAGAAAAAGUUAGUUGCCUGGUAAUGUGUAUGCAUCUCAAACCAUUACUGUCCAUGAUAUCGGUAAGGGUACGGAUACCACAUUUGGACAAUUUGGGGGAUGCAAAAAGCCGCCCUCCAUCCAGAUCACAACACAUUAUUGUGAAAUAUAGGAAUAUGGGCAUGCCAUUAAAAACAUAUAUAAUUUUGCCUGAAAUUGCAAUCCACUCCUUUUGAGUGUGCACUCCUUUUGAGUGUGCACAUUUAUUAAACCAAGUUUCAUCACUCAUCACUUUUACUCUGAAAAUAAGGGGUCCUAAGCUUCACUCUCACUGCAGGGGACGUCUGUGAUUCCGCUACUGACGUCCGUCCUACAGGACGAUAGUGAAUGGGAGAGCCCCCACACCUUUAACCCCUCUCACUUUCUGGAUGAGCAGGGACGAUUUGUCAAGAGGGACACCUUCAUGGCCUUUUCUGCAGGUAUAUCAACUUCAUCAUAUAACAAAUUAUUUCAUUGCAAGAAGUAGAGAAAUUGUGGUAGCCUUUUGGACAGACUUCAUGCUAUUUUCUAUAUCUUUGGUCUCUCUCGCAGGUCGUAGGGUGUGUCUGGGGGAGGGUCUGGCCAGGAUGGAGCUCUUCCUCUUCUUCACCUCCCUCCUGCAGCACUUUAGUUUCUCUCCUCCUCCUGGAGUAACAGAGGAUGAUCUGGACCUCACACCAUUACUGGGUUUCACCCUCAAUCCUUCACCUCACCAGCUCUGUGCUGUGAGCCGGGUCUGA